AUGAAGCCUCCUCCUCCGCCAUGUCCUAUCCCAUGGCCUCCUUCUAACCCUCCACCACGUCCUCCUCCACCUCCGGCACCUCCACCACCACCAACACCUCCCCCGCCUCCAACUCCUCCUCCGGCACCAAAUCCACUACCGUGUCCAGAUCCACCGCCCACACCACCUCCUCCACCACCACCAAAUCCACCGCCUCCGCCUACACCUCCUCCUGCUCCACCUCCUACUCCACCUCCAGCUCCAAAACCACCACCGUGUCCAGAUCCACCACCGCCUCCACCUCCACCUCCACCUCCGCCUCCACCUCCACCACCAAGUCCUCCACCUGCCCCACCACCAACUCCUCCCCCGGCUCCAAAACCUCCACCGUGUCCGGAUCCUCCACCAACACCACCCCCUCCACCGCCACCGGCUCCACCACCACCACCAAAACCACCACCAACACCUCCACCUCCACCGCCACCAGCUCCUCCUCCACCACCAAUUCCUCCACCAGCUCCGCCACCAACUCCUCCUCCAGCUCCAAACCCACCACCAUGGCCUGAACCACCGCCGACACCUCCGCCUCCACCACCACCAGCUCCACCUCCACCACCAAUUCCUCCACCAGCUCCACCAGCUCCGCCACCAACUCCUCCUCCAGCACCAAAUCCACCACCAUGACCGGAGCCACCACCUAUACCUCCUCCUCCACCUCCACCGGCUCCACCUCCACCACCAAUACCUCCUCCAGCUCCACCGCCAAUUCCUCCUCCAGCUCCAAAACCUCCACCGUGUCCUGCACCACCACCGAUACCACCACCACCCCCUCUACCUCCACCUCCUCCAAAACCUCCACCACCCCCGCGCCCAAACCGGCCACGUCCACCACACCUCCGGCCCCACCUACAAUCAUCGUCCCUAUACCUCGCAGGCCCUACCACAGAUGCAUCCCCAAGAACAGAUUCCACAGACAAAUGAAGCAAAAUCAAAGAAAGAAUCAAACAAGUAACGCUCUUAACUUCCAUCUCUAGAGAAAUAACUUGUAUCCUAAUUUCUCUUCUCUUGUUUUUUGUGUGGUACUGUCUCAGUAACUGGAACUAAACAUUGCCUUAUAUAAUAGCCAGAUGAAUCUUUAGAGUUGUGAAAAUUAAUAAGCAAGUGGGAUGAAGAAGCCAUUAAUAUGGAUCGCCAUGCAUGUUACGUUCUACGCGUUUGGGGCCGUUGGGCCAUUCGCGGGAAACAUUUAAUGAAACAUUUCUUCUUUAAAGUCAAAAUAGAUCUACACUUCACUUGUUCAAUCUUUCAAAAGCUUUCG